GUAUACGAUAUGUUGUGCGCCGUGCUUGACCAGGGCGCCAAGCUGUCGGAGCUGACACUGCGCUCGUUGCUGAUCUUUGCCGAUCGAGCGAACCAGCCGGAGAUCGCGCUGGAAGCUCUGGCCAUGAUGAAGGACGAAGGGAUCGAGCCCACGGCCAGUGACUGCAAUGCGGUGUUCAUCGCGUGCGGCACUGCAAACCGAUGGAGCGAUAUGAUCGACGUGUACGAGUCGAUGCCAGAGAGUUUUCAAUCGCAGCUGAACGACGUGGCUCAAACCUCAGUGAUCUUGGCACGCACUCGAAGUGAACGUCACGAAAUGAAACUGCGUGGACUAGAAAUUUUCCGCAGCGAUGAGACCAAGUGGCAGUAUUUCAACUCCGCAUGCAUGGUAGCGCUGGAGGCCCUCCUUGAAACUCGUCAGUUCGACGCUGUGUUGACACUGGCCGAUGAGAUGAACCCCCGUAAAAUUCGCUGGAGCUCAUUUACCUGUAAAAUGGUGGCGCUGGCCAAUAUGCGCAGCGGCUCCAUGAGCAAGGCGAGAAAGAUAUUGAAGAAGAGUAAGCACCGAAUGGGUGACUACAGUGUGGAAUGUUAUCGUGAGCUCAUCGAGCACUACGAAGCGCACCAGAAUCUAGCCGAGGCGAGUGCAGUAGCUGUGGAGAUGAUGCAGAAGAACGCACAGGUUGGAGCCGAAGACUGGCGAAAAGUGCUCCGACUUGCCAUCCAGCUUCCGGACCACACGUCCUACUGGACAUUACGCGAACUGCUGCGUCUUCAUGGUGGAAAAGUUGCGGAAGAACUCCCAGCGAGUCUUCUGCUUCCCGAAAUGACACGUGAUACUCGUGAGUGACGAUCCUUACAGGUCACAGCAAUCGCGUGAAGCUACGACUUCGUAGCGUGAAAGCAUC